CCCGCGGUGCCUCUGCGGACUGAGGGCCGGGCGGGAUGGCGGCGCGCAGCUUUGGCCGCGGCAUCGGGCGGCUCCUGGGGGGUCUGCGCCGGGUGAGUGCGCCGUGGAGGGCGGUCUCGGGGCGCACACGCGGCGCCCCCGCCGCAGGGCAGCCGGGCUCGUACCUGGCGCUGAGCGCGCAGGCGGCCCGGGAGCCGGCCGCUUUCUGGGGACCGCUGGCGCAGGACACGCUCGUGUGGGACACCCCCUACCACACCGUCUGGGACUGCGACUUCAGCAGUGGCAAGAUCGGCUGGUUCCUGGGAGGCCAGUUAAACGUCUCGGUUAACUGCUUGGAUCAGCAUGUUCGGAAGUCCCCAGAGAGUGUUGCUUUGAUCUGGGAGAGAGAUGAGCCUGGGACCGAAGUGAGGAUCACCUACAGGGAGCUGCUGGAGACCACAUGCCGCCUGGCCAACACGCUGAAGAAGCAUGGAGUGCGCCGAGGGGACCGCGUGGCCAUCUACCUGCCUGUGUCCCCGCUGGCUGUGGCAGCGAUGCUGGCCUGUGCCCGGAUUGGGGCUGUCCACACCGUGGUCUUUGCGGGCUUCAGUGCAGAUUCCUUGGCUGGGAGGAUCAAUGAUGCCAAGUGCAGAGUGGUGAUCACCUUCAACCAAGGACUCCGGGGAGGGCGCGUGGUGGAGCUGAAGAGGAUCGUGGACGAAGCCGUGAAGCACUGCCCAUCAGUCCAGCAUGUCCUGGUGGCUCACCGGACAGAGAACAAAGUCCCCAUGGGUGACCUGGACAUACCACUCGAGCAGGAGAUGGCCAAGGAGGACCCCGUGUGUGCCCCGGAGAGCAUGGGCAGUGAGGACACGCUCUUCUUGCUGUACACCUCGGGGAGCACCGGCAUGCCCAAGGGGCUCGUCCACACCCAGGCGGGCUACCUGCUGUUCGCUGCCCUCACCCACAAGCUUGUGUUUGACUACAGGCCGGGCGACGUCUUCGGCUGCGUGGCUGACAUCGGCUGGAUCACGGGACACAGCUAUGUGGUGUAUGGACCCCUCUGCAACGGGGCCACCAGUGUCCUCUUUGAGAGCACCCCUGUGUACCCCAAUGCUGGUCGGUACUGGGAGACGGUGCAGAGGCUGAAGAUCAACCAGUUCUAUGGCGCCCCCACGGCCGUGCGGCUGCUGCUGAAGUACGGCGACGCCUGGGUGAAGAAGUACGACCGCUCGUCCCUGCGGACCCUGGGCUCAGUGGGAGAGCCCAUCAACCUGGAGGCCUGGGAGUGGCUGCACAAAGUGGUGGGUGAUGGCAGGUGCACGCUGGUGGACACCUGGUGGCAGACAGAGACGGGUGGCAUCUGCAUCGCGCCCCGGCCCUCAGAGGAAGGUGCCGAGAUCCAGCCUGGCAUGGCCAUGAGGCCCUUCUUUGGCAUCGUGCCCGCCAUCAUGGACGAGAAGGGAAAUGUCGUGGAGGGCGGCAACAUCUCCGGGGCACUGUGCAUCUCUCAGGCCUGGCCCGGCAUGGCCAGGACCAUCUACGGAGACCACCAGAGGUUCGUGGACGCCUACUUCAAGGCUUACCCAGGCUAUUACUUCACGGGCGACGGUGCCCUCCGGACCAAGGAGGGCUAUUACCAGAUCACGGGGAGGAUGGACGACGUCAUCAACAUCAGUGGUCACCGCCUGGGGACUGCGGAGGUCGAGGAUGCCAUGGCAAAUCACCCCGCUGUGCCGGAGACCGCUGUCAUCGGCUACCCCCAUGACAUCAAAGGAGAAGCUGCGUUUGCCUUCAUCGUACUGAAAGAUGACACACAUAACCCUGAGGAGGUGGUGAAGGAGCUCAGGACAGCGGUGGCAGAGAAGAUCGCCAAGUACGCAGUGCCGGACGAGAUUCUGGUGGUGAAGCGUCUCCCCAAGACACGGUCCGGGAAGGUCAUGCGGCGGCUGCUGAGGAAGAUCAUCACCGGCCAGACCCAGAAUCUGGGGGACACCACCACCCUGGAGGACCCCGGCGUCAUCGCGGAGAUCCUGCACGCCUACCAGAAGAACAGGGACGAGCGGCCUGCCUCGUAGCAGGGACGCGCCUCCACCUGGGAGCCUUUGGCCAAACCCAGUGCCCGUCAUCCGUCCUUUUCCUUCCCAGAAAGCAGCUCUGAUGUUGCCUGGUUCCUCCGCGUCCCAGACGCGGUCCUCGCCGCCCUGGAUGUGAGGUUCAUGCCCACCUACCCCUUUCUGCAGGAGACCCUCAAGUGUAGCCCAGAGAGAUGGGCCCCAGAUGUGGUUAGGGCCUGUUCUGCUCAUCCUGAAUUGGAAAAGCCACCACUAUCCCCUCUUGAGUGUCCUCUUGAGAGCACAAAGGAAGACAAAGCACCCAGGAGCAAUAAUGUCUUUCCCUGAUGUUUCUAGAUAUAAAAGGCAGAGAUUUUAUUUUUAUACUUUUAUAUUUUGGAAGAAUAAUGCUCAAGCCUGCAGGUGUAGUGUGUGGGUUUACUUGUAGUUGCUCUUUAACUCUCAGAGUUCUCAAAAACCCCUUUCCUGCUUCCAGGGGUGGGCAGUUGCCUGGGAAUCAAAGUGAGCCCUUGUAAUGAUACUUUAGCUGGCAAGUCUGGGUUGCAAAUGCUCAUAUCUGCCUGUGUAGGUAGCCAUCUGGGGAACUGUCAGACCCCAUUGUGUGUCUUCCUACUGCAUUCGGUGUGUCUGUGCUGAAAUGAAUUCCUAAAAGCAGCUCACUUUUUAGUUCUAAAGGUAUUACAGUUACAGGUUCUGUUUUCUUCAAACUGUGAGCUGGAAAGAUUUUUUUCCCCUGGAUGCCUCUUGACAAGAGAUCACGAUGCUUCACCUAUGUGUGAUUGUCGAGGGAAGCCAGUGGAGUCCCAGAUUCUGCUUGGGCUGGGACUGGCUCCCUGCAGAGCCUGUCCUCCCUCCCUUCUGUGGCUGGGGUCUUAAGGAUCAGGGGGGUCCAUGAUGAGAUUUGGAGCUCUGAAUCAGGGCUUUCUUUUUAAUGUGCCUUAUGUCCCCCAAACAUUAGCAAGACAAAAUAAAUCACUAAGUCCCACGAGGCUUUGUGACCAGAAGCCUGUAGCCCUGCAGGUGUUUGGCCAGCGGAUGAUGAGCUGAGCAUGCCUGAGUGGCCUGCACAGCGGUUGUGGUCACUCAUCACACACAGACUUGCAGCCUUUUGUGAUGGCUCGUAGUGCCCAGUCCCGUGCACUCGGGCCUGUCUCAGCUGUGCGGGACUUGGUGGCCUGUGGCCUUGGCACUAUUUAUGAAAUGCCUUCAGUUUCCCCAUUACUGAUGUAAACCUGGGUGGUGGUCCAGGGUUUCACUGAUGGAUCCACAGAGGAGUUUAAAUAAACCUUUAUUCUGUUUCAUUC